CGUGUCGGAAGCCCGUACGUGGCAGUCGCAGAACAGUUGGAGCAGCCGAGGUCGGUGCGGCUUCUCUCCGGCUUCACUUCACCCGCAGAGCCACCCCCUGCCGAAAGCUACCGAAGCGGAGCACCCCGUCCGAGCCUCCGUGCAUCUCCCCCGCAAACAUGUUCACCGCGUCGGAGCUCGUCGUCCUGCUGGCCGUCCUGUCCGCCACCGCGUCCGGCUACUUCGUUAGCAUAGACGCCCAUGCCGAGGAGUGCUUCUACGAGCGGGUCAACUCCGGCACCAAGAUGGGCCUCAUGUUCGAGGUGGCGGAGGGGGGCUUCCUGGACAUCGACGUGGAGAUCACCGGUCCGGACGGGAAGCAGAUCUACAAAGGGGACCGGGAGUCCAGCGGGAAAUACUCGGUGGCGGCGCACAUGGACGGGACCUACAAGUUCUGCUUCAGCAACAAGAUGUCCACCAUGACGCCCAAGAUCGUCAUGUUCACCAUCGACAUCGGCGAGGCGCCCAAAGGCCAGGACAUGGAGACGGAAGCUCACCAGAACAAGCUGGAGGAGAUGAUCAACGAGCUGGCGGUCGCCAUGACGGCCGUGAAGCACGAGCAGGAGUACAUGGAGGUCAGGGAGAGGAUACACAGAGCCAUCAACGACAACACGAACAGCCGGGUGGUGCUGUGGUCGUUCUUCGAAGCUCUGGUUCUGGUGGCCAUGACGCUCGGACAGAUUUACUACCUGAAGAGGUUUUUUGAAGUGCGACGAGUGGUGUAACGCCGUUUACCGUCCCCCUCCUCCCCGUCUGUGUCCUCCACUACUGUUUUUUUUUUUUUUUUUUUUUCUGUCUCCACCCCACCGAGACUUUCUCUCCACUGAAGAUGAGACUGGCAGUUUUUUUCAGUAAAGUUUUAUUUUCCUGUUACACAUUUGGUUCCUCUUCUUUGUAAAUGUUUGGGAAAAGCCCUGUUCUUUCUUUCUUUCUUCUUGUCAGAUUGGUUUGUUGCGGGUUCGUUUUUCACUCUUCUGUCCAAACCAGACACAUUCUGGAGAAACUGCAGACUUGUUAAGAUUCAAAGUGAAAUUUAAAGCGAGAAGAGAGAAGCAGCGGGGUGGAGGUUCACAGCGACGAGGAUCCCAGAGCCGCCCUGGAAGCCGCCCACCUGCACUCCCGAAGGGCGGGUUCGCGGUUCGAUUCCCAAUGACUGCUGUGUGCUUUAGUGGCUUCUUACUCUAGUUCUAUUUGGUCGUCGGGGAUUUUAAAUUAUACGAUUGUAUACGAUUUCAGCCGUUUGCUUUAUUUUCUUUGCUUGGUGGAGUGCGUCCGGUCACGUGCACGCACUUGGAGGCCGCACGUGGGCGAGCGCGCUCCGGUUCUGACGGGCUCGGGCGGCUCGGCUGCUGUCGACACUGUUUUUUCUUCUUUUGUGAUUUCAAUAAAAAAAAAAAAACUGCUCAAUGGAUCUGUACAAAUGUAGAAUGUUUGUCUGUGGAAGGAAAAAAGCCCCGGGUUUGAUAAUAAAGCCGAUAUUCUGUACGA